GACUACGAAUAUGAAGUCAGCUCUGCUGUGGGGUGCACAGUGCACUGCACAACAAAGACAAUAUAUAGCCCCAAAUCGAAAUUAAAGGCGCCUCCCUUUUGCUAAUUCUAUACCUUCCAAUAUUUUUUUGUUGCUUGGCUUUGCUUCCUCACUCACUCACACCUAGAACCUCUUUUUCCAACCCCCAACGCUUUCACAAACUUUACCUUACAACUUGAUAAUUACUUGUCCCCAACUGCAAACAAAUCCAAACCCAAUACACCCUUUAACUUGCAGCAUUAUUUUCUUCAUCAACUCCUAUCUCUCUCUCUCUCUCUCUCUCUUUUUCUCUAAGUACUUGUGUUCUUGUUCCUCUCUCUCUCUAUUGCCAGCCAGCUCUUUGUUUUAGUUCACACUUUAUAAUAUGAUGAAGUGGAGGCCAGUGCUACUCUCACCCCUCCUCUUCAUCUUCUUGGUUUCCAUUAGUACUGGUUUCCAUGGUUUGGCUUUGUCUCACACAAUUCCCGAGGAACAGGAUCAUCAGCAUUCAAAUACGAUGAGGCUGGAGUUGAUACACAGGCACAGUCCUCAACUCAUUGGGAAACUAGUGCAUGAAGCAAGCAACAACAGCAUGCCUAAAAGUCAGCAACAACGCAUUUUGGAACUUGUGCUCCGUGACACAACUCGUCACCGCAUGAUCUCCUACAAACGUGGUCAAUAUGGCCCAAACUCGAGGAGAAAAAACUGGGAAUUCAAUACCUCCAUUGAAAUGCCAAUGCAUUCAGGUGCUGAUUAUGGAGCUGGGGAGUACUUUGUGCAAGUCAGAGUUGGAAAGCCAGCACAGAAGUUUAUGUUGAUUGCAGAUACUGGGAGUGAAUUGACUUGGGUGUAUUGUAGUACCAGAAGCACCCACAAACGCAGACGCAGAAAUCAUCGCAGGGUGUUUCAUGCAGAUCGCUCUUCUUCCUUUGAAACUAUACCUUGCUUGUCUAGUAUGUGUAAGGUUCAGCUUGCAGAUCUCUUUUCACUCACUACCUGCCCCACACCAAUCACCCCUUGUGCCUAUGAUUUCAGUUACAUUGAUGGAUCGGCUGCGUUGGGCAUAUUCGCCAAUGACACCAUAACAGUAGGCCUAACAAAUGGUAGAAAGAUGAUGCUAGAUAAUGUGCUAGUUGGGUGCACAGAGUCUACUCAAGGUGGUACAUUCAAGGGAGCUGAUGGUGUAUUGGGGUUAGGCUACAGCAAGUUCAGUUUUGCAACAAAAGCUGCCGAAAAGUUUGGUCGCAAGUUUUCGUAUUGCCUAGUUGAUCACUUAAGCCCCAUGAAUAUCUCAAACUAUCUCAUUUUUGGUUGCACUAGAAAUGAGCAUUCAUUGUUGGGUAAUGUGAGAUACACCAAGCUCCUCCUCAAUGUGAUGCCUUCAUUCUAUGCUAUAAAUGUAAUGGGCAUUUCCAUUGGGGAUGUGAUGUUGAGAAUACCAGUUGAAGUGUGGGAUGCAAAAGUUGGUGGUGGAACAAUCCUUGAUUCAGGCACAAGCCUUACAAUUCUAGCAGAGCCAGCUUACAAGCCUGUCAUGAAUGCAUUGAGGAUAUCACUAUCAAAGUACAAAAGAUUGUUAUCGGACAUAAAACCAUUUGAGUAUUGCUUCAAUUCAACAGGAUUUGAUCAGUCAUUAGUGCCAAGAUUAGUGUUUCAUUUUGCAGAUGGAGCUCGAUUUGAGCCACUAGUGAAGAGCUACAUUAUUGAUGUAGCUCCUCAAACAAAGUGUCUUGGAUUUCUGUCAGUGAGAUGGCCUGGUACUUCUAUUAUUGGCAAUAUCAUGCAACAAAACCAUUUAUGGGAAUUUGACUUGGUGCGUAGUGUAGUGGGUUUUGCACCCUCUAGUUGCACCUAGUUCUCUUUUCCUCCAUUCUUGUGUAUGAUUGUGUAACUUGAAUUCAAAGCAAUACUUGUUCUAAUUUCUUUAGCUUCAGCAAUGAAAGACAUUACCAAAACCUUGCAUCA